GGAACGUUUGUUUAACGCUGGGGCUUUUUGAGGCAGGGAGCGGUGGUGCAGUGGUUAGCUCACUGCGCUACGAACCAAGCGACCUGCCUUUAAAGCUCCGGCCGCGGCUGAUAUCAGUGGUGAAGAUGAGGAAGCUGCUGGUGCUACUCCUCUUUGUCUCGCUGCUGGUGUAUCUGACCACGGCCCAGGACCCACCGAGAGUGAGGAGACCCCGGCCGCCCCCCAAACCCAAGCGUCCACCCAAGAGGCCGGCCAAGCCGCGGGUGACCCAGCCGCCUCCUCCACCUCCUCCUGCAGCGACCGCAGCGGCGGCGGCGGCUCCCGAGGAGGACCGUGCGGACGACGCCGAGGAGGACCUCACUCCGUUCCCCGACAAGAUGCUGGCGCGCGCCCACGCCAACUUCGGCCUCGAGGUUUUCCGGCGGGCGGCGGCGGCGGCUGACGAGCGCAGCAACGUGCUGCUGUCGCCCAUCGCGCUGUCCACCUCGCUGUCCAUGCUGCUGCUGGGAGCGGCCCCGGGCUCGAGCUCGUGGAAGCGGCUGAGCAAGGCGCUCAACUACGACACCGUCCAGCAGGGAGACGUGCACGACCUGCAGCGGCAGCUGCUGGCGACACUCGGCUCCGAGGCGAAGGGGCAGCAGCAGCACGCGGCGCGAGUUUACCUGCAGAGAGGGCUUCCCCCGAAGGAGGCGUACGUUGCCGACGUUCUCAAGUUCUACGGCACGGAGCCCAAGGUGCUGAGCGGCUCCACGGGCCGGGACCUGCAGGACAUCAACGGCUGGCUCUCCCAGCGGACGAGCGGCGUGUUGCGUGACGCCGUGCCGGCUCUGCCCGCCGACCUCUCCCUGCUGCUCGUGUCCGCGAUGCACGUCAAGGCCAAGUGGGCGCUGCAGUUCCCGCCGGAGGAGACGGCGCAGGGCGUCUUCCACGCGGGCGGCGGGAAGCGGGGGCCCGUGGCGCUCCGCGUGGCCACGAUGCGCCGAGACGACGUUCCCAUCCGCUACGGCCUCGACACCGAGCUCGGUUGCCGGGUGGCCCAGCUGCCGCUGCAGGGCGGCUGCAGCCUGCUGCUGUUCGUGCCGGUGGAGGUGACGGGCAACCUGACGGUGGUGGAGGAGAGCCUCACGUCCGAGUUCGUGGCCGACAUCGUCCGCGCGCUGCACUCGGUGCGGGCGCGGCUCUCCGUGCCGCGGCUCGCGCUGCGCGACGCGGGAGACCUGGCAGGAGCCGUCAAGCAGCUCAAGCUCGAGUCGCUGUUCUCGAGCGACGCGGACCUCUCCGCGCUGUCCGAGGCGCAAGUCGGGCUCGCCGUGUCGGCCGUGCGCCACGCGGCGCUGCUGGAGCUGGCCGAAGAGGGCGGCGGCGGCGGGGCCCUCGACGCGGCGGCCCGGGGCCCCGCCGAGGAAGCGCACGUCCACCGCAUGGAGUUCUCCGUGGACCGCCCCUUCGUCUUCAUGGUUCGGCACGACGCCACGGGCGCCCUGCCGUUGGUGGGACGCAUCGUGAAUCCCGCUGUCGCGUAGCCUGGAAUCCUGAUACCCCGGGAGUCCGACAGCCGGACAGCCCGAUUGCCCAGUAGUCUGGUAGCCUGGUACCCUGGUAGCCUGACAGCCCGACGGCAUGAUUGCCCAGUUGCCUGGUACCCCGUUAUCUUGACAGCCCGAUUGCCCAGUAGCCUGAUAGCAAGGCAGCCUGGUACCCGAGGAGCCUGGUAACCCGGUAGCCUAACAGCCGACAGCCUGGUACCCCAGUCGACUGGUAGCCCGAUAGCCUCAUAGCCACUCUGCCUAGUCAGCCGGUCGCUUAGUAGCCCAUUAAACCUGGUAGCCCGGCAGCAAGGGAGCCCAGUUGCUGGGUAACCCUGAUUUUAACCGCUUCUGCUACACAAAUCGCCUUUCGCUUCCCUUUGCUGCAGCUCGCCCAAGAGAAAUCCCGUACAUUUGACCUCGAGAUAGUCACGUGGUGGUCCACUCAUUGAACAAAUCUGUGUGGAGCGAGUGUGAGCCAGAACACAUCGUGGGCGGGGAGCCUAAUGACCCACGAGCCGAACACAUUCCUCGACUUCAUUGCCUAUGACCCAGCGGCCACAUGAGGAAUCCCAGUCGAAAACAGCCCGCGAACGACAUUUAUCCAUCCAUCACUGGGUUGCUGGGCUCAUAAAGUAGAGCGCUAAUCACUGCACCACCGCUCCCACGCCACCCCGCCCCUCCCCCCACACACACACACACAGAGGUGAUGAGCUUAAUUAACCGCAGCUGCUGAGAGGAAGCACGCGCAUUGAUAUUCUUCAUUCAAAAACACGCGUGUUGUAAUUUAUUUAGAGUAAGGCGCUGACAUUGCUACCACUGCUGUUUUAUAAAAGUACUGAUCUGCAGAAAUUCUGUCGCACCACGCGGUGCUUUUGCCAGAAUAAAGCUUCUCCACCACCA